UCAAAAUCUCUCCCAAAUUUACAAAAAGUACCCACCAGAGGAAGUAAAUUCAUUCACUUUCCUCUUUCCACACUGAAAAUCUCUAUAAAAUCCUCCGCCACCACCACCACUGCAAUCCUUCCACCUCCACCACUCUCCCACAAGUAUUCAACCAAUCAGUCAAUCAAUCGAAGGAAGAGAUUAGAUUAUCAAAAAUGAUAGAGAUGAAGGCGAUUAGUGAUGGAUUAACUGCAAGUGAUCGUCAUUUCUUAACAUCACUAAACAGUGGCGCAUCGAGUUUAUCGUUUGCUGGUUCUGGUUUCAUUGUUUUGUGUUACUUACUUUUUAAAGAUUUGAGGAAAUUCUCUUUCAAACUCGUCUUCUACCUUGCUCUCUCUGAUAUGCUUUGUAGUUUCUUCAGUAUAGUAGGGGACCCAUCAAAGGGAUAUUUUUGUCAUGCACAGGGAUAUAGUACACAUUUUUUCUGUGUGGCGUCUUUCCUAUGGACUACAACAAUUGCGUUUACUCUACAUCGUACAGUUGUUAGACAUAAAACUGAUGUUGAAGAUUUGGAACCUAUGUUUCACUUAUAUGUUUGGGGAACUUCACUCGUUUUGACUGUUAUACGCUCAAUAGGUAAUGAUCCUUCUCAUUUGGGUGUGUGGUGCUGGACACAGACGGGGUUCGCAGGAAAGGUGGUUCACUUCUUAACAUUUUAUGGUCCCCUAUGGGGUGCAAUUCUGUUUAAUGGAUUUACAUACUUCCAAGUGAUACGGAUGCUAAACAAUGCAGCUCGUAUGGCAGUUGGCAUGUCAGACCGAUCACUCCAGUUUGAUGCUAGACCAGACAUGAAGGCUUUAAACAGGUGGGGUUACUACCCAUUGAUUCUGAUAGGAUCGUGGGUGUUUGGCACAAUAAACCGGAUACAUGAUUUCAUCGAACCAGAGCAUAAAAUCUUUUGGUUAUCAGUUCUCGAUGUUGGGACUGCUGCCCUUAUGGGUCUCUUCAACUCAAUUGCAUAUGGGUUUAACGCUUCAGUACGACGAGCGAUUCAUGAAAGACUCGUUGCGUGGUGCCCUGAUAGAGUAUGGAGAUGGUUACCAGCAUACAUGAAGCCCCGUAGCCAAGCCCAAGAAAGUGAACUAGUCUCGUUAAAAGUUGAAGACCAGCAAUAGCCUCUGCCGUAAUCCCUUUAUUAGACCCACAACACUAGCAUUUUCCUUCCCCCACACCUUUUUCUCAGCCUAUUAGUUUUUUGAAAGAGGUAGAUAAACAGUUGACUAGUUAGCAGUACUUGCAAGACGUGUCUCGGCCUUUAGUAAUUUGAUAUAUGUAUUCCGCUACCUUCAAAACUUCAGCUCUGUAUCCAGAGAGGUAAGCUUCAUUGUGCAGUUGAAAAUUACUGGCGAGGAAGGGAUCUUUCAUUUCGCAGAGGUUCAGUAUGCACAGCCACUGUCGUUCCGGUAUAUUCUUUAUUGUAGUAGACCCUGAUUCUUUAAUUUUAAGGGUUUUGUAUCUUAGAUUGCCUUUUGUGCUGGGGCUUUGACGCACAUUGAGAAUUUUGAGACAGCUCAUGCAGCUGCUGCUCCUUUAAAAUGUAGUGCGCUUUUCUCUAUUAAUGGAUCUUUUUAGAUUCAUCGAUCAAAGUAUACCUCCACAGUUUGAGUGGCUGGUUUGUCAGAACAGAAUUACCUUCUUGCUCACAUUUUCUUGUUAAUCUGUCUGAAAGAAAAAAACAGUGGUUCCUUCCCCGUGUAUUGUUUCAUCUGCAACUUUCUGUAAAUGGAAGUUAAUGUUGGAUUUUGAA